AUGAGAGUUGGCCGCCGUUCCCUUGAAAUUCCUAGCGACGCGGAUUCGAGUUACGGAUUCGGGUCUCCUCGAGACGUCCCGAGGCGCCUCGCGAUGCGACUCCUCGUGGGCGACAGCGGCGGGGCGGUGGAUGCGGCGACGACGAGGGUCCGCACGCCGGAGAUGGGUGUUCCGCGAGGAAGCAGUGGAAGGUGCAGCGUGAAUGCCCCAAGCACAUACAACCGCGACUUGAUAAACGGCGACUUUUCCAGGGAGUUCUGCCUUCAGGCUGAAGCGGGUCGCGAAGGGCCGCAGGGCCGUAACGGCGGCUCCAGGGCAAUGUUCCGCAGCAUUAGCGAGCACGUGGGUUCAGAUGAGACAACCCCGUCCUCCCCCUCUUGCCUCACACCCUCCGCGUCCUCUCCCAAUGGGAACCACCGGACCGCGUCGUCUCGCCGCCACCUGUCGCGCGUCGGGGCGUCGGAGCCGUUGGAACGCACCCUCCCCCGCAAAAGCCGCUUGAACGGCGACGACGACACUGACGCUGGGUCGGCGGCGACGGGCCGCGACGAAGCGACGGAGGUGGAGGAGGAGGAUUCGUCGGACGCGUCGGUGUCGAUGCGGCGCCUGGGGCGCGAGAUUAAUGAGCUGCGGAGGCAGCUCGAGCGAUGCUCCAAGAUUAAUAAGUGGCUAACCGAAUCUUUGCGUUCCGCGGAGCGCACCGCGGCGGAAGCCACGGCAGCCGCGCAGGUGGCCGAAGCGGAGCGGGACCACGUGGCGAAGGAGCUGGAGGAGAUGCUGAACGCGUGGUCGCAAGCGGAUAACGCGGCGGCGGCGAAGCAGGAGGAGGAGCGCACGUCGGUUGAACGAAGCCGCGCGUCACUGGAGCGGGCGCGCGCGGUGUUGGCGCAAGAGAGGGAGGCGGUGGGGAGGGAGAGAGACGAGGUGAGGAGGGAGCGGGAGGAGUUGAAGCGGGAGAGGGAAGCGCUGCAGAAAGAUAAGGAGAGGAUCGCGGCAGGGCGGGCGGCGCAAGAGGUGCACAUGGAGUGGAGCAAGGCUCGCCGCCAGGCGGAGAUGAUGGGCGGGCGGCAGCACCAGCACCAUGUGACUCCCGAUGGUGUGCUUCUAAGGAGCGUUGCUACGUCCCCCCAGGUGUCUGUGUCGUGUCAGGUUCCUACGUCUGUUCCAGUCGCUGCGUCGUGCUCCUGCCGGUCGCUUGCCCACCCCACCGUUCUGUGGCACCACCGGAUGGGGCACCCAUCCCUUCCUCGUCUGCGCGCUAUGUCUAGUCAGCGUCUUGUCCUAGGCCUCCCACGUGUCUUGCCGUCGCUGCCGCCUUCGCUUGCGCCGCCGUGUCGUCCCUGCGUCGAGGGUAGGCUGCGCGCCACCCCUCACUCCUCCUCCCUUCGUCCGGCCACCGAGCCUUUUGAGACGCUUCACUUGGACGUCUGGGGCCCCGCCCCUCGUCUAGGCCCUGAGCGUGAGCGUUACUUUCUGGUGGUCGUUGACGACUUCUCCCGCUACACCACAGUGUUCCCUCUGGCGAAGAAGUCUGAGGUGACUUCUACGCUGAUCAGGUGGUUGCUCACCACCGAGGACACUCGUGGUCGUCGUGUCAGCUGUCUCCACUCCGACCGUGGGGGUGAGUUUCGCUCCGGCAUUCUCGCUGGAUUCUGUCGCGAGCAGGGCAUUCGUCAGUCCUGGACGCUUCCAGAGUCCCCACAGCAGAAUGGGGUUGCUGAGCGCCGCAUAGGCCUGGUCAUGGAGAUCGCCCGCACCUCCCUGACUCACGCCUGUGCCCCCCAUUUUCUGUGGCCCUAUGCGGUCAGGUACGCCGCGCACCAGCUGAACCUCUGGCCACGUGUCUCUCGACCAGAGGUUUCACCGACCAGUCUUUGGACAGGGUCCCCUGGUGUUGCGUCGCGGUUUCGUGUCUGGGGGUGCUUGGCUCUUGUCCGCGACACCUCCGCGGACAAGCUCUCGCCUCGUGCCGUCCCCUGUGUCUUCCUUGGUUUCCCUGAGGACUCCUCUGACUUCACCUUUUACCACCCUCCCUCUCACCGGUUCUUUGACUCCCGUGACGUCCGUUUCGAGGAGUCCACUCCGUACUACGUCAGGUGUGUCCCAGGCUACCCCUCCUCCUUCAGUAGCCCCUCCGGUACAGCCUCCCUCCCCACAGUCCUCCUCGCAGCGUGCCGCUGGUGCUAG